AUGACCAUUUUUCUUUCUUUCUCUUCUUUUUUUCCUGAUUUGUUUUCUCUCUGUAUAUAUCUCUCUUUCACCACCUUUCUCUCUUGUCUUCCUUUCUCCCUGUUUCGAUCUCGCUCUCUAUCACUCUCUGAUCACCUUUGUCUUUUCUCUUCAUUCCUUUCUCACACGUUCUCUCUCUCUCCUAAUGUGCCUCUCUCUCUCUUUUUCUCUCUCUCUCUUUCUCUUUCUUUGUCUCCUUUGAUUCUUCCUCACAUUUUAUUUUUCUCCAUUUUCAAGUUUCUGAAGCACGCUAAUACAUUUUGGUAUGUAUCUUUGUCUUGCUUGCAUCACACUCUAUCUAUCUAUCUAUCUAUCUAUCUAUCUAUCUAUCUAUCUAUCUAUCUAUCUAUCUAUCUGCCUUUACCUAUCUAUCUAUCUAUCUAUCUAUCUAUCUAUCUCUCUCUCUCUCUCUCUGAAAAUCACCGACACGCUGUAUUCAAGUCUCUGCCUAUUUCUCUCAUCUAUUUUGUACUCUCUUUCAUGUUGUCAUUUUUCCACAUCUUGCUUCACGUUCAGUUCUACUUCCGUCUUUCUGUUCAUUCAUCCGUAACUGUAUCUGCCCAGCCAUGCCUCUCACUGUUUUGUCUAUAUGUAUAUUUCUCUCCUAAAUAUAUCCCCGUCCACACACUCUCCUUUUCUGUAUAUUUAAAUCCAUCUUUGUCACUUCUCUCCCCCUUUCUGUCCAUUGGUCUGUUUCACUACCGAUUUUACCCCCAACCCCCGAAUCAUUUUACUUCCCGGGCGACCCCACCCAACAAAACCCAUAUUAAUUCAGUCGAGGUCAAUACUUUCCUUUUUGUCUUUAAUUCACACUCCAGCCUCUUCUUUCUUUCUGGAUUAAGCUAUUUCGAUAUUUUUGUUUGUUUUCUUUCUUUUCUGUCUUUUUUCCAUUCUGCAUUACGGUUUUAUUCGUCUUGUUCUGAUUUCUUUCUCCUCUCAUUCUUUUAUCUUUUCAUAUCUUACAUAUUUAUCGUUCUUUUUUUUCUCCCUUCGAACUAUCUUCCUUUCUUAUUUUCUUUUUCUUCUUGUAAUGCAGGCGUCUAA